GACUGAAAUACAAAAAACCAAACAACACAAACAAACACACACAGAUAAACCCUAACCGCGGAAGCCGACGACCCGAACUUCUCGCGCCACACAGACUAAGCUUCAGCUUCAGCAAAAUCAGGACUUGAGAGAAUGGCCACCGACGAAGAGAAGCAGACGACGACGUUUAAGACUUUGGGGAUAUGCGACGAAUUGGUGGAUGCAUGUCAAAAAUUGGGCUGGACAGUCCCUACCCCAAUUCAAGUCGAAUCCAUGCCUUCGGCCCUUGAUGGAAAAGACUUGAUCGCACUUGCACAAACGGGUUCGGGUAAAACCGGAGCCUUUGCGCUACCAAUAUUGCAAGAGUUAAUAAAUUCUCCACAAGCAUUUUUUGCUUGCGUUCUGUCCCCGACAAGAGAGCUUGCAAUUCAGAUUGCUGAGCAGUUUCAAGCUUUAGGCUCAGAGAUUGGUGUCAAGUGUGCAGUGCUAGUUGGAGGAGUUGACAUGGUGCAACAAUCUAUCAAUCUUGCAAAGCGGCCACAUGUUGUUGUUGCAACACCUGGACGCCUCAUGGAUCAUCUAUCGAACACAAAAGGAUUUUCUCUUCGCUCAUUGAAAUAUUUGGUUUUAGAUGAGGCUGACAGGUUGCUUAACGAGGACUUUGAGAAAUCAAUUGAUGAAAUCCUGAAUGUCAUCCCCCGUGAUCGGAGAACAUACUUAUUUUCUGCUACCAUGACUAAAAAGGUCAAAAAGCUGCAACGGGCUUGUUUAAGGAACCCUGUGAAGAUUGAAGUAGCAUCAAAAUAUUCUACUGUUGACACACUAAAUCAGCAGUAUCGUUUUCUGCCGGCUAAGUACAAGGAUUGCUAUCUUGUAUAUAUUCUGACCGAGAAGUGUCAGUGUACAACAAUGGUAUUUACUCGUACAUGUGAUGCAACACAGCUUUUGGCUUUGAUGCUUCGAAAUCUUGGCAUAAGGGCCAUCCCAAUUAGUGGUCAUAUGACCCAGUCAAAAAGGCUUGGCGCCUUAAAUAUGUUUAAAGCUGGAGAGUGUAAUGUACUUAUUUGCACUGAUGUGGCCAGUAGAGGAUUGGAUAUUCCAUCAGUGGAUAUGGUUAUUAAUUAUGACAUCCCCACAAAUUCAAAGGAUUAUAUCCAUCGAGUAGGAAGAACUGCUCGUGCUGGACGAUAUGGGGUUGCCAUCUCUCUUGUGAAUCAGUACGAGUUGGAGUGGUAUAUACAGAUAGAGAAGCUUAUUGACAAAAAGUUACCCGAAUUCCCUGCUGAAGAAGAUGAAGUCCUGCUAUUGUUCGAACGUGUCAAAGAGGCCAAAAGACUGGCCCUGAAGAAAAUUAAAGACGGUGGAGGCAAGAAGAGGAAGGGUGAAAACUACGGUGAGGAGGAGGAUAUUGAGAAGUAUUUUGGUCACAAGGGUGGAAAGUCCAAGAAGUUUAAAUCAAGAUGAGAUUGGCUUCACUCCUCCGCUAACUUUUGUUAAUGGAAUUCUCAUUUCUGUAAUAUAUACUGAGCGAAGAACUUGUUCUAUCUUCCCUGUUGUUCGGAAGAGUGGAAAACAUUUUUGAAAUAGUGUUUUUUUUUCUUACUAUUUAUAAAAUUAUCAAUUUUUUAAA